CGUCUCUGUUCGAUGCGUCUACAAGUUCAAGCCCUAGUUCCUCCCUUGGCUACUCCAUCUCCACAAUAAUUAACAGAAUAAACGAGAGAGUUCAUCAAUGGGAGACUCCGGCCACCGGAGGAAUGCCCAAGGUCAGUCUCGCCGUGAGCGUGAAGGCCGUGGGUUCCGCGGGAGUUGGUGUUGUUCCUUCGGCAUUUCUUCCGACGGCCCCGAAAACCUGAGCGCCUCUCACCCCAAAACCCCUCAGAAAUCUGAUGUCCUAUCCAAAUCUGGUGGUGGGUCAUUCCCUAGUUCUCCUCAGAGCAGCAAUAGAACUGGGUUGGGCUUGGUUGGCCGCAUCGACCCUCGUCGUAUCUUGUCUCCUGGAAGGGUUUCUCCCAUCGACUCCGACACUGCCAUCCACACUUGCAAUGUUGCCGAUGUGGGUGCUCAGUUGGGAUCCCCAGAUAAAUUGACGAUUCCCAAGGGAGCUGGAGCUGGAGCUUCAUCUGUCGCUCUCCCUGCCUCCUCCUUUUCGUCCUUUGCUCUGAACAAUCAUGUGGCCAAGGAUCAAGGGAGUUGCUGUGGGGCGUUCGAUGUGAGGUUGAGCUUGAAAGGUAAGAAUGGGGGUUGUCUGAUUUUGGAGUUGGAUUCGGAGGUGCUGUCCGCGAACAGCUCAGUCUUUGCGGAGUUGAUCUCAGAUUCUCGAAAGGGUUCCGGAGGGAGUUCCGCUGCCAAUCUCUGUAGGAUCGAAGUGCCUGAUGUUGCAAAUCUCGGAAUAUUUCAGCAGACCAUUGAGCUUAUGUUUGAGGAAGAUAUCACCAGGCGACUUAUCAAGGUCGGAGUCUCCCGUUCUAUUGAUAUACUGGAGGUGUCGGUGGGUAUCAUCUUUACCAAAGGGGUAUUCUCUUGUUUGAAAUAUCUUGAAGCUGUUCCUUGGACUGAGCAUGAAGAGGAGAAGCUGAAGAAAGUUUUUGCCAGAUUUACAUUUGAUGAUGCAACAGCUAGAAAUGUGCUGGCGAGGCUCUAUUCGCCACAUGUAAACAACACCCAGCAACAUUUGGCCAUGCAGCUGGUUUGGUCAAUCACCAGAGGUGCCAAUGCUAAUGCUAGGAGGGAUCUCAAGUUCUUGGUCAAGGGUCUGCUAUCGAAGAGCUCAGUCUAUGACAAGGAGACUGUUAGUCUUGACAAGGAGGAUAUCUAUGUUGUUUGUCAGUCAUGUCUGGGUUCAUUGCUCGGUGUCUUUGAGGAGGCCUGUAACUCUGUUACUGAGGAGAGAUUAACAGAAAAAGAUAUGGAUAGGCCAUUAAUCGAGCGGAUGUCAAGGCAAGUUGACAACAUCAAUUGGCUUCUAGAGAUACUACUGGAUCGGCAAAUGGCUGAAGAUUUUGUCACUACAUGGGCGGACCAAAUACAGUUGGUGACGAUGCAUGAAAAGGCAUCUCCAAUGGUCAGGUAUGAGCUCAGUCGGAUUUCAGCUUGCAUAUUCAUUGCAUUGGGAAGAGGGAAAUUGCAUUGCCGGUCUGAGGUAAGGUGUAGGGUUCUUCAGGUAUGGUUUGGGCCGAUGCUGGUGGACUUUGGUUGGUUGCGGAGGUGCAGGAAGGGGCUUGAUGUGAAUGAGUUGGAGGAAGCCAUGGGUCAUGCGCUUCUGACCCUCCCCUUGAAGCAGCAACACUCUCUGUUCAUGGAAUGGCUUCGCUGUUUUUCUAGUCAUGGCACAGAGUGUCCCAAUCUCAGCAUAGCAUUUCAAAUCUGGUGGCGCAGGUCGUUGGGGGCCCCUGAAACUCGAACCAUUAAAUCACGGUAGCCAUUUCUGCUUACCUGUCGUGUUUAGACUCUGGUGUAUGUGUAUGUUGUAGCUUAAGGGUGUCUAGAAUGGAUGGAAAUCAAUAAUGCAGAUGAACUGUGUAGAGUGCUUCAGGGCCUAAAAGCAAUCCAGAGCUGAAUCAAUAUAUCAAUUUCUUUUGCUACUUAAGCUUAAGCAGGUGGAAGUUAAUGAUGCAGAUCAACUACGUAGAGUGCUUCAUUGUCUAAAGAACUAUCAAUUCAUGUAUCAAUUGCCUCUGCAACUU